UUCCUUUUCAUUGACAGCUUCAAAGAUUAUAAAAUUAAUGAAAAAAUCCAAAAUAAAAAAUGAUCAAAAAUGAAUAUUUUUGAGCCAAGUAAAGAAGAGCAAAUCAUUUCUUUGGACGAAAUGUUUAAAGCUUAUUGUCGAAUGGAUCCACUUUCGGACGCAAUGGAAGUAAAUUUGCUUCCCCUUUCCCAAAGUGACAAGUGGUUAUCAACAGCAGGGAUCCUCGACAUGAAAAAAAUAACAACAACCGAUACAGGUUUAUGUUUCUUUAAAUUUAAAAAACGAGCAAUCUCCUUUGAAGAAUAUCUUUCCUAUCUGGAAGAGCUGGCAACAACCAAAAGCCUGGAUUUGGAAGCCAUGAAAUUGAAAAUGCAAACAAGCCGGAAACCGCUUCACCCUCGCGAUGUGAAAAAAAAGAGAUGAGGAAAAUUAUUAAUAAAAAAAUUCGUAUCUCAAAACCCUAUGUACAGAUUUUAUUUCCAAUAUAAUAAUAUUUUAAAAGAUACUCCGACUUUUCAAGAACAUUUUUUUUUGGUUUGUUAAAAAUUGAAUUAAUUUAUAUUAUAUACGAUACAAUAUUUUCUCUUGAAAAUUAGUUGGAAAAGAAUAUAUUUAUUUAAAUAGAAAUAAUAAAAAUUGUAAAUACCUUCCAGACAAUCUGUAUAUAAAUUAAGUAACGAGCUAGAAUUCUCACAAAAUAUUAAAUGAUACACUUUCCAAAAUAAAUACUUUCUCAUCGCUUCGCUCAGAUUCAAGGCAACUGAACCACAAAAGAUUAAACUCUCAGAAAAUCCUCAUCAACGAUUAAUUUCAAAGCAUUUUCAUUCAAUAUAAUUAUACUCUUCAAGUUUUCUCUUUUGCGCUUUCACAAGUAUCAAAAAUAAAGCUGCUAGCAAACCUAAAAAGGAAAAAAAAGAAAGAG